AUGUCAUUCCGGCCAAUGCUCCAGCGACGAGCUGUCGCUCCCAUAGCAGCGACUCUCCUUGCUGGAGGUAUAGUUGCAUACCCUAGACAUACUGCGUACGCGGAGAGUCCUUCAGAUGCUAGAAAACCCAUUUACGAUGACUAUCCCGACGAGUUGGCUCCUGUGCCGACAAAGAAGCCCGCUGCUACCAUCCCUUAUUCUCCUCCUUCAGAAGCUCCAUCUUCGACAGAAACUUCUAGCCCAACCGACCUUUUGACGGCGCAAAUCCGCCGAGCCCGCCUCUUCCUUUAUGCGCACUCUCUAGCCGCGGAGAACAGUUUCAACGACUUUCUAUCCCGUGUGCUUCGCGUAGAAAAUGCCUUCACCAACACAGUUGCAUCUCUCGCUCCGUCUCCCGAGUCUGGCGAACGAAUUCUCCCGGGAGGUGUCUACGUCAUUGUGUCAGCGAUGGCUGGAUCGAUUGUCUCUCGGAAUCGCGGAAUUAUUUUGCGGACAGCGACUCCUCUUGCAUUCGGUACCGUUGCGGCCUGGAGCUUACUGCCUGUGACUAUGCGAAAUAUCUCGGACUUGGCCUGGGAAUACGAGAAGAGAGUACCGGUGGUGGCUGACAACCAUCUCAAGGCCCACAACUACAUUCAACACGUUUACACAACUGGAGUUGCUCAUAGCAAGAUGGGCCGCGUGAUGUUGGAGGAUAAAAUUGGAGAGGCCCGAGAGUACCUCGAAGAAUGGGUGAGAAAGGGCCGAUAA